AUGGGAAUGGGAUCAAUUUCCGAACCAAACCAACAAACAAGUGUACUACUCGUUACCGUUGCAGCUCAAGGUCACGUAAACCCAAUGCUAAGACUCGGCAACCUACUCGUCUCCAAAGGUCUUCAUGUCACUCUCGCCACUCACGACUACGCCCUCAAACACUGCUCAAACACCGUCGGCAACAUCCACCUCGAGUUCUUCUCCGACGGCUUACCCAAAAACUAUAACCGCAAUAAACCCGAGUUAUUUAACGAAUACAUGAACUCAGUAAUCAAGCAUGGACCCGUUAACCUCUCAGCCCUAAUCAAAUCACACACCCUUAAAUUCUCAUGCAUUAUCAACACCCCUUUUCUGCCGUGGGCCGCGGACGUAGCCGCAGACCUCGGCCUGCCAUGUGCUAUGGCGUGGAUACAACCCUGCACUAUAUAUCAAAUAUAUUAUUAUUACUACAAUCGUUUGCAUGAGUUCCCGAAUGAAAGUAACCCUAAUAUGACCGUGAAGCUACCGGGGCUACCUUCGUUUUGUUCUGAUGAGCUACCAUCCUUUGUUCUACCGUCUAAUACGUUUACUACAUUUGAUAGUAUAUUAAAAGAAGUUUUUCAUAACCUGCAUAAGAUCAAAUGGGUGUUGGGAAACUCGUUUAUGGAGCUCGAAAACGAUGUGAUAACGUCGGUGGAUAAGUUUUGGCCGGUCGGACCGCUUGUUCCCGAGAGUUUGUUUGGAAAGUUGGAUAAACUUGGAGGCGAUCUAAGCGGGUUCGAUUCGUUUAAAUCGGAUAAGGAAGGUGAUUGUUUAGAAUGGCUAGAUAAACAGGAACCGGCAUCGGUUGUUUAUAUAUCAUUCGGAAGUUUAAUACUUUCGUCUGAGAAACAAAUAGAAAGCAUAGCAUGUGGUUUAAAACGUGCAAACCGGCCGUUUAUUUGGGUAGUCAAACUGCCGGAAAAUCAGGAAACAAAACAGUUUAAAGUUCUAGAAGAUGUUAAGGAACUAGGAUUGGUGGUGAAGUGGUGUCCUCAAACCGCGGUUUUGUCACACCGGUCGGUCGGGUGUUUCUUGAGCCAUUGCGGGUGGAACUCGUUGGUUGAGAGUAUUGCAGCGGGUGUGCCGGUGAUUGCUUGUCCGAAGUGGAGUGACCAGCCGACGAAUGCGAAGCUUGUUACGGAUGUUUGGAAGGUUGGGGUGAAAGUGGAAAAGGAUUCAGAAGGCUGUUUUGUUGGGGAGGAAGUGGCAAGAUGUGUGGAUGAGAUUAUGAGUGGGCCGAGAUCGGAGGAGUUUAGGAAGAACGCGGCGGAGUUGAAGAGGGCUUCGCGUGAGGCGGUGGCGGAUGGUGGCUCAUCGGACAAGAAUAUACAGUUGUUUGUAGACGAAUUAGUUUCUUCUUCUUUCUUGUGA